AGUGAGAUUAUCAUGAAUUACCUGACAACAUAACCUCUACUUGGGAAGCGCUACACGAUAUAAUCACGCUUAAAUUCUCAUUUCGAGCGAAGAAUAUUCUUGAUUGACACACGAUACUUCAAUUCACACAACAUGGCCAACUAUCUUGCCUCGAUUUUCGGUACCGAGCAAGACAAAGUCAACUGCUCCUUCUACUACAAAAUCGGAGCUUGUCGCCACGGCGAUCGCUGCUCGCGAAAACAUGUCAAGCCUUCAUACUCGCAGACCAUCUUAUUGCCCAAUCUCUACCAGAACCCUGCAUACGACCCGAAGAAUAAGAUGAAUCCAAGCCAGAUCCAGAACCACUUUGACGCUUUCUACGAGGACAUCUGGUGCGAGAUGUGCAAAUAUGGUGAGAUUGAGGAGAUUGUUGUCUGCGAUAAUAACAAUGACCAUUUGAUUGGCAACGUCUACGCCCGUUUCAAAUACGAAGACUCUGCUCAAGCAGCAUGCGACGCCCUCAACUCCAGAUGGUAUGCCGCGCGACCCGUGUACUGCGAAUUAUCACCCGUUACCGAUUUCCGAGAAGCUUGUUGUCGGUUAAACAGCGGCGAAGGAUGUGUUCGAGGUGGUUUCUGCAAUUUCAUUCAUCGCAAAGAACCGACACCAGAACUGCAACGAGAACUGGACCUCGCCACGAAGAAAUGGUUGAAGGAACGGGGCCGGGACGAGCGUAGCGUGAGCAGGAGUCCUAGUCCCGAGCCAACUCGUCGGAGGUAUUGAUGGUGAUGCGUGUUGAGGUGACAAUGUUCUUCGGAUGCAGAACACGCAAUGUGUACCUUUUCUACUCGUCUUACAAAGCAGGGUUGGAUUCUCAAUAAAAUUCGCUAUAGAUGCGAAGCGUGGCGUUCAAGGGUUUGAUACGGUCGGGCUUUUCUGAUGCUUGUUGUAAGCCAUUUCAAUCUGGCACCAGUUAUUAUUAUCACAUUUUUGUACAUUACUAGUGCGCGAUAGCUAAUGUCCAGUUGCCCCAGGCAGUCAACCAUUAGUC